GAUCAUGGCGCCUAGUCAACGUCAGCGGCAGCUCGUUUUAUCGAAGAAAGAAUUAAAAAAGAUCAAUGGAAGGAGAUUUUCGAAGCCAGAAGAAUCUUCCGAUAUGGGACUUGUUUAUCCUGGUUACGAUACAGCUUUCAAAUUGCUACUAUCGGCAAGAUUUUGUUCUGCUAUAUGGAGUCACAUAACGGACUGUGAUGAAACGUACAAUUACUGGGAACCGAGUCAUUACUUGCUCUAUGGAACAGGCCAGCAAACAUGGGAAUAUAGUCCUGAAUAUGCCUUACGUUCAUAUAUGUACUUAUUAAUUCAUAUGGUACCAGCAAAAGUUUAUCAUUACUUAUUGGAACCAAAUCCUGUACUAGUUUUCUACUUUAUACGAUGUUUUCUAUCAAUGGGUUGUGCAUUAUCUGAAGUAUAUUUUUACAAAAAUGUCUGUCGCGAAUUUGGAGUUCAUAUAGCAAGGCUUACAUUAGUAUUUCUUAUUCUUAGUUCUGGGAUGUAUAUUUCCAGUGCUGCAUUUUUACCAUCAUCUUUUUCAAUGUAUGUAAGUACUGUUGCUAUAGCAGCUUGGUACGCUCGCCAGUAUGAACUGGCUAUUUUUGCUACUGCCAUUUCUUCGUUACUUGGAUGGCCAUUUGCUGCAUUGCUUGGAUUGCCUAUUGCUAUUGAGAUGUUAAUACACAGGCGAGAAUGGGACAAAUUUAUAAAGUGGGUUAUUAUAUCCGCUGUUGUAAUUGGAAUACCAAUGGUAUGGGUGGAUUCCUUAUAUUUUGGCAAAUUUGUCGCCGCACCAUUAAACAUUAUAUUAUACAAUGUCUUCACUAAUCAUGGACCCAAUCUUUAUGGCACUGAACCAUUCAGUUAUUAUAUCAUCAAUGGAUUCCUGAAUUUCAACUUCGUCUUUAUCGGUGCAUUAUUUGCACCUUUGGGUUUAUUUUUAGUAUGGUUAAUCAUGCCGGCACGUCCAAGAGAUCGUUUAUGUCUUUCAUAUUGGUAUUCAUUAGCACCUUUAUAUCUAUGGAUUUUUGUGUUCUUCCUUCAGCCGCACAAAGAGGAACGGUUCUUGUUUCCAGUAUAUCCUAUGAUUUGUUUGGCAGGCGCUAUAGCAGUGGAUGUUGUACAAAAGUUAUACUUUUAUCUUAGAACGAAAUUCAAUUCGUCGCAUAUCAGUUGCCAUUAUUUACAGUUUACUACACACAUUACCGUUUUGGCGAUAUUAAUAUGUGGCCUCUUGGGAUUUUCAAGAUCAUUGGCAAUAUAUAAAGGAUAUUAUGCUCCUAUGGAAAUUAUGUUUGAAGCUAAUAAGCUUGGAACAGAAGGCGAGGUACCCAAUGAUGUUAACAUAAAUUUUUGUAUUGGAAAAGAGUGGCAUCGUUUUCCUAGCAGUUUUUUCUUUCCUUCUAAUAAUUGGAAAUUACAAUAUUUGAAAUCUGAAUUUAAAGGACAAUUACCACAACCUUUUUUAGAUCAUGAAAAUGCAACAAGUGUAAUUCAAGCACACUUUAAUGAUAUGAAUAAAGAGGAAUCAUCACGUUAUUUUAAUUUAGAUAAGUGCCAUUUUCUAUUAGAUCUGGAUAUAGGAACUGAAACAACUUUAGAACCGAAUUAUUCUCGGCUAAGUGAUCAUUUUACUAUUGUAAAAUCUUCUAAAUUCCUAGAUGUAUCAAAGUCACAUUCCCUCUUCAGAGCAUUCUACAUUCCAUUUGUAUCACAUAAAUUUUGUACAUAUGGCUCAUAUAACUUAUUACAAAGUAAUAAGUUUAAAUCUUUGCUGUCCUUGAAGCAAAGGAAUUCUAAGCUUUCUUAAAUGAAAGACAGAAGUUUACCCAGAGAAAUAAUUUUUGUU